AUGAAAUUGAUCUAUUUUCUCGUCAUAAUACAUUUAAAUACCAUUUAUUGUUUACCAAAAGUUCGUGUACGUCCACAAUCUGCCGUCUUGCCUUCAUCAUCUGAAGCACGUUUAACAUGUGAAAGUAGUGAUACACCAUUUGGAUCCAUUGCUUAUUGGACUCAUGUUGGUCAACGUAUUGAAUUAAAUCCAUCGAUUAUUGAAAUGCAUGGUAAUGAAUUACGUAUAUUUCAAUUUGGUGAUACGGCUUAUACACAACCGGGUACUUAUUCUUGUGUUGUUUCAACUCGUUAUGGUCUACUUGAAAGUGAACCAUCGAUGUUAAGUUUACCAACUUUAGAUCCAUUUACAGUAUCGAAAAAUGAAAAUAAUAUUUUAAAUAUAACAGAAGGAAAUAUUGCUGUUAUACCAUGUGAAUUACCUAUUGGAAAUCCUAAACCAAUACCAAUAUUUACUUUAAAUGAUAAUUACAUAGAAAUUGAAUCGAAUUCAAAUCAUUACAAAAUUUUACCUAGUGGUAAUUUACAUAUUAUUGAUGUAAAACAAUCAGAUGCAGGAAGAUAUCAAUGUUCAGCAAAAAAUCCUGUAACGGAACAAAUUGUAAAUAAUAGUCAAAUAACAAUUUUAGAAGUUUUAAACAAACCAACAAAUCCAAAAGAAUAUCGAUCAUUAUUGACUGUAUAUAAACCACCACCAGCUUCGAGAGUUCUUGUUGGAGAUAAUUUUUCUAUUGAAUGUGUUAUUGCUGGUUGGCCAAAACCAUCGGUUGAAUGGGAAAAAUAUGGAGAUAUUUUACCGGAAAGACGAAGUGAAGUUUUACAUGGUACACUUUAUUUAUAUAAUAUACAUUUGGAUGAUCGUGGAACAUAUAUAUGUCGAGCAUCUAGCUCAAAUGGACAAUCUGAUAUUGCUUAUACAGCAUUAGUAGAAGUAUUAGAACCACCAAAAAUUGUUCAGCGACCAGAUUCAUUAAUACAGAUCAAUAGAGAUGAAAAUAUAUCAAUUAAAUGUGGCUUCCGUGGUCGGCCGGAACCUGUAAUUAGUUGGUUAUAUAAUGGAGAAGAUUUUUCAAUCAAUGGAUCACCUGUUACAGGUAGUGUACUAACACUCAAUCAACCGAAAGAAGGUAUUUAUCAAUGUAUCGGUCGCAAUUCUUAUGGUACUGCUCAAGCAAGUACUGCUCUUGUUCUUCCAAACAGUGCAGAUAAAACUGAAGUGAAAAUUCCUGUAAAAAAAUCUUUAAUUAUCUUCGGCCCAAAUAAUAGUACUGUCUAUGAAGGUGAAACAGUUCAAUUACAUUGUUUAACUCAACCUGGUUCAACUGUACAAUGGUUACAUAAUAAUGAAAUAAUUAAUUUAAAUCUUAUGCGUCGUUAUGAAAUACUCUCAUCUGGUGGUUUACGCAUUGUUUCAGCACAAAAAUCCGAUAGUGGAAUAUAUGAAUGUAUCGCAUCAAAACUCGGGUUUGAUACAAAUACAGCUAAAUGUUUUGUUUAUGUAAAUGGUUUAGGAUUCAAUAUUCCUGUAUCAAAAUUAGAAAUUAUUGAUAUUCAUCAAAUAGAUAAUAAUGCGAUUAAAUUAUCAUGGAAAUUUAAUGAAUCAAUUGAAAAUCAUUUAAAUUCUAUUCAAAUACAAUAUCGUUUUAUUCAUCCGAAAACAUCAUGGAUGGCAAGAGAUGAUUUUUAUAAUCGUUCAAUCAAUCAUGCAAUUGUAAAUAAUUUACAAUCAAGUCAAACAUAUAAAUUUCGUCUAGUUGGUUUCGAUACUAAUGGUAAACAAUUCGUUAUAAGUGCUGCAAAACGUAUUGCAUUAGAAUUCAUCCGAAAUCAAUCGAAUUCAAUUUUACCACAAAUAACUGAAGCUUGGAUAACUAAUGAAGGACAAAUUAGUUUAAAAUGGAAGUUAUUAAAUCAAACAGAUAAUGAAAUAAUCGAUGGUUUUGUUAUUUAUUAUCGACCGAUACAUUCAAAAGUAAAUUUUACAUCAAUAUCAAUACCAAAUUUACGUUCUCCUCCGAUAAAUUCAUAUACAAUUUCUAAAAUUGAAUCUAAUCAAGAAUAUGAAUUACGUAUGGCAACAUAUUCUAAUCAUGGUCUAAGUUCAAUGAGUAAUUCAAUUGAAAUAUCUGUCCCAACUGAACAUCACACUCGUGUAAAUCAAAUGAAUUCAGCAACAAAUCUCGAUGAAGUUCUUGAGAAUAUUACUAAAAUUCAACGUCCUUCUUAUAUUAAACAGAAUUUAAUUCAUCCAUCUUUACCACCAACACAAAAAAAUUCUGAUAUACUUUAUUUAACAAUUGGUAUUAUUGCUGGAAUUCUAUUAAUUUUAAUUAUCAUACUUAUUGUUAUGUGUAUAUUACGAUUAGUACAACGAAAGAAAUUAAUCGCUCAUGUAAAAUCUAUCAAUGGUUCAGGAUAUUAUUGUGAUGGUUUACGUAAAAAUCUUAACCCUGAUUAUGCGACAACAUCAUCUUGUUUACAACAUGGUGUUGUGUCUGUUGAUGGUAAAUUAAUUCCAUUUGCUUAUCCACAAUCACCAAAAAUGUAUUGUCGGCAUUUAUUACAUAAUUCAACAAUGAAUGAAAAUGGUACAAUACAUUUAAAUACCAAUCCAAUGAAUCAAUUAGAUAAUGAAAAUCCACAAGAAAAUUUUUAUCAUACAUUAACACCUUUUAAUACACAUAAUCAAUAUGAAGAAUGUCAAUCACAUGGUUGUUCAAGAAAUCAAACGACUUUAUAUGAACGUUCACCUAUGUUGACAACAUGUCCAGUACAUCGUCGUUUAGGUAAUUAUUCAUCAGAUACACUUCCUUUACAAGUAUCGUCGAAUAUUGAAUCUUCACCUAAAAUAAAUGGAACAUCUUUUCCAUCGACACAUUAUCAUCAUGGAACACAUCUACGGCAAUUUAAACCGAAAGGUAUUAUUACGCCAUUAAUUAAUAAAGGAUUACUUAUUGAUCAACAACAAUUAAAUGAAAAUUUUAAACAUUCAGCACCAUCAAGUACUGGUUCAUCACAUUCAUCAAGUGGUGUUAGUUCAUCAAUGGAAUCACCUUAUAAUCAUUGGAAAUAUUUAGUACCAUUAUCUGUAGCUACAACAAAUGAUACUAAUAAUAUAUCAUCAGCAAUUAUCCAACCAAUACCAUUGACUUCAUCAUAA